AUGACCUUAGUGGCGUCGAAGGAGGGGAACGUAUUGCCCAUCAUGUUGAGCGUUCAGCAGCAGCAUCAUCACCAUAAUCUCCAUGGGUCGUCUGCAACCAGUGCUCAAAGCCACCGCGGCAACGUGAUCGUCUCCACGAGCAGUAUGCCGUCCAAUGACAUGAAGAUACAGCAGCACGGUUGCAAGCGAUCCAAGAUCUACGGACAGACCGGACCCUAUGGGGCCGUUCCUCAUCAGCCAGCUUCGGUGGCGAGAAGAAACGCGAGAGAAAGAAAUCGUGUGAAACAGGUGAACAACGGGUUCGCCACUUUGAGGCAACAUAUCCCUCAAAGCGUGGCUCAAGCUCUCGGAGGUAGCACUGCCGGUACUCACGGUGGUUCGAGGGCUGGUAGCAAGAAGUUGUCGAAAGUCGAAACGCUCAGGAUGGCUGUCGAAUACAUUAGGAGCCUUCAACGUCUUUUAGAAGAGCAUGACAGUGGGUCUGACGCGAGUGUGUCUUCGCCAACCUCAUCGCCACCUUCGUCCACCUCUUCGUCCACGUGCGGCUCUGGUAAUGGACUUGGAGUAGAGACGAGUCACCAUUCACCUGAAUUAAGACUGCGCGGCAAUGUCAACGAAAUCAGAUAUCACAGUCCUGAUAUUCACCGACAUCUCAGACAGAAUCCUAGCCCAACGUUCGUGCCGACUCCUUGUUCCGAAGCGUCCAGUUCACCUACGCCGAGUUUUGUUUCCGAGGCCUCGUCAGCUGGCAGCCAGGGAUACGGAACUUCCGGCAACCUUUACACCACCCAUUCCGAUGGUUACGAUAAUUACGAGCCUAUGAGUCCUGAGGACGAGGAACUGUUGGACGUUAUCUCCUGGUGGCAACAAAGUCAAUGA